UAAAUUGCCGUACGCACUGCUGGAGGCAGAUUAUGUAUGAUUGAUUGAAGACAUUUAAAGAUCUGUUGUGAUCCGCCCCAAAAAAUGGAACAGUUCACAACUUCUGACUAUGAAACUGACACGUUUAACAGCACAGAUGGCUUGUUUACCAAUACAACUGACUAUGAUUCUGGGCCAAGCGGAUUAUGUGACAGGGAACUGGUGCGACAGUUUAACAAGUCCUUCGAGCCGCCUCUUUACUGGAUCAUCUUUGUCAUAGGGGCUCUGGGCAACCUGUUGGUCGUCAGCAUCUUCACAACCGUGCGAAACCGCCUGAAGACCAUGACUGACGUCUACCUCCUGAACCUGGCAAUUGCGGAUCUCCUCUUCCUCGGCACGCUGCCCUUCUGGUCGACGAACGCAGCUCAGGGCUGGGUGUUUAGCGACGCCAUCUGCAAAGGAGUUUCUGCCGUCUACAAGAUCAACUUCUUCGCCAGCAUGCUCUUGCUCACCUGCAUUGGCGUGGACCGCUACAUCGCCAUUGUCCAUGCGACGGAAGCUCACAACCAUAAAAACAAACGGAUGCUUUAUAGUAAAAUAACUUGUGCUUUUGUGUGGGUCGCCUCUUGCCUCUUAGCUCUGCCAGAAUUUCUUUUCGCCAAAGUGAAAACCUUUUCAUCCCAGCCCAACUCUUGCGUCAUGGUGUAUUCGGUUUUAGACAACAACCAGACCAAAGUCCUGGUGUUAGCUUUACAGAUCUGCGUUGGCUUCCUGUUACCUCUGCUGGUCAUAGUGAUAUGCUACUCGGUUAUCAUUCGUAAAUUGAUGCAGGCACGAAGCUUUGAGAAACACAAAGCUCUAAAGGUCAUCUUUGCCGUUGUGGCAGCUUUCAUUUUGUCCCAAUUGCCAUACAAUGGGUAUCUGAUCAUAGAGGCCGCUCAAGCUAAUAAUGCCACGAUAACGGACUGUGACGUCAUGCAAAGUUUGGAUAUGGCCGGGCAGAUUGUGAAGGCUCUGGCCUACACGCAUUGCUGUCUGAAUCCCAUCCUGUACGUCUUUAUUGGAGUUCGCUUCCGCAGGGAUCUCUUGAGUCUGAUUCAGCAUCUGCCCUGCGGCAUAAAACUGCCCGAAAACAAAUUUCAGCAAGUUCCCAAGAGGCCUUCUGUUAUGUCGGACACUGACACAACGCCAGUUUUUUCCUUAUAGAUCAACCCACUGUAGUUACAGUAUUCACUUAUCUUUCGUUAUGUGCAUUAUUAUCAUAUCCUUAGCAUGUUCAUUUAGUUUUCCAGAACCAUUAUGGGAAAUUAUGCUGAAAAGUUCAAAAUGGGAGAUAGUGACUUUGUCAACCCAGUCUCGCCCCAUGGCGUCAAUAUUUGACGCCACUUGACCAUGCGUCAACAGUUGACGCGGAGGGUAUACCUUUCGCGUCAUUUUUUGACGAACUGGGGACUUCAAUACUAUUAAGUCCGUUGCAUUCUCUUUCCUAUUUUCUUACCAUUUUCGCGUCGGUUUAGGGUUAGAUUUACAUAAUGACAUCCCUACCCAAACCUAACCCCAACGCCAGGUGACAACUGUUUAAUUUCACGUACCUAAUAGUAUUGAAGUCCCCAGUUCGUCAAAAAUUGACGCGAAAGGUAUACCCUCCGCGUCAACUGUUGACGCAUGGUCAAGUGGCGUCAAAUAUUGACGCCAUGGGAUGAGGAUGUGUUGGACUUUGUAUAUAACUUUAUCAAUUUUGAGUAACAUGUCUUGUAGUUGUACUUUUUAGGUUUGUCGUAUGUAAGUUUUUUUCUACAGAAACAUUGUAAGUAAAUGUAAAUAGGUAUUGAGCUCGUGUGGCAUUAUUUUGAAUAAAGUGAUACAUUUAUAAUGAGUUUUUUUAUGUUUGCUUGUUAUUUUUUUACAUAAAUAUAAAUAUGUGACUCUGGACCAAGUGAUUAAGGUCAAUCUAAACGUUGAAUAAAUAAGCUUUCAUUGAUAUGGUUUGUUAAAUAAACUAUCUGAAAAUCA